AAAGUCACUGUCAGGCAGUUUCCGUACGUUUCCGCUUGUGACGUCACAGUCAUGACAGCCAGGUGAAAUCAGCUAACGUGUCCGGUUAGGUUUAGUGAAGAUUAGAAUACAUCAGGGUAACACAGAAAAUGGCCAUUCCAGAAAAGGAGCUUGAUUAUCACUACUCUCCAAGCCGAUGGUCUCACAGAUUUGGGCCAGAUGAGGUCAUUGAAGCACAUUUAAAAUCUGUCACUGAGGGGACCAAGGUUGCCCAUUGGUGCCUUGAAUGUGACAGCGCCGUCACCUAUGGAACAGGAGAGAAACAGAAACUGGAUAUCUUUAAUGCCAAAAUGCCAAGAAAAAUGAACCGUCUGCCAGUAUUAGUAUACCUCCAUGGGGGAUACUGGCAGCAUUUGGGGUUGGAAAUGUCUGGGUUUAUGGCUCCUCCAUUGUGUAAAGCCGGUGCCACAGUGAUUUCUGUUGGUUAUGAUCUCGCUCCAGAAGCUUCCAUGGACAAAAUUGUGAGUGAAAUUAAGCAAGCAAUGAGGUACAUACUGAGAUAUGCCAAGGAGCGUCAGUCCAGGGGUAUCUACCUGUGUGGCCACUCAGCUGGGGGUCACCUGGCGGCCAUGAUGCUGGCUUGUGAGUUCGCUGAAGACGACGCCUUCGACAGCGAGAUGAUCAAAGGUGCGGCUCUAAUCAGUGGAGUGUAUGACCUCCGGCCUCUGACGAAAACAUACGUCAAUGACCCGCUGAAACUGAAUGAGGAGGAUGCAUGGCGGUUCAGUCCUGCCAACUUCAUCGCCGAGAUUGCUGGCCUCAGUCAGCAGCGCGACAUCCUCAUUGCUGUAGCAGAAUACGACCCACCAGAGUUCCGCAGACAAAGUGCUGAUUUGGAAAAAUCAGUGGUGCCUGAACCCCCUCUGGAUCCGCCAAUGAAGUGGAGUGUGGUGAAGGAGCUGUCUGCCAGAAAGGUGAAGACGAGGUAUAUGGAUGUCAGCGACACAGAUCAUUUUGAUGUCAUCGAAAAAUUGCAGAAGGAUUCUUACAGACUCACAACGAGAGGCACCUACUCCAUCAACUACCCCGGUCAACCUUCACUGGAGUAUUCAUUACCUCCAUGGUCAUCCCACGCCAUCUACGUCAAUGCCAGCAUGGCUGUGGUGUCAGGAACGGAGAACAAAUCCUUCACCGUCAGUGUAACUGACAGCACCGCCAUGAAGGUGUACGGCCGAGAUGUCUACGAUGCUUACACCCCGCUCCCCAUUCCGGCUUUAGGACAACACUAUGGGAGGCGAAGUAUCUUUGAGAGGGUUUUGUGUCGUUCCACCAUUGUCACUUCUACCCCGGGCAACGUAUUUACCCCUGGAAGGAGACUCCUUGAAGGUCGUAGCAGAAGGCAAGACAAGUGA